AUGGCGUACGUGCAAGACUCCCUGCCAGAGUCGCUCUCGCAGCGGUACGUCGACUAUGAGCUGGAGCCCACCCAGAUGUCACAACCGGUGUACUCGCAGGCCUCCCAGUUCCCCAACAGCCAGGUCGAGCCUCGUCGCAAGUACUGGGCCAUUCUCAUCCCCACCAACCCCCAGCACGCCAUCCUCAAGAUCCCAUGGACCAAGCACAGGCUCCAGAUCGGACGCGGGGACCAUGCAGGCGUGGGCAACGACGCCGUUCUUCAAGAGAAGCGCGUCUCGAACCGUCACUGUCGCAUCUACUUGGGGCUGCACGGCGGCGGCACAGGAGGCGGCAAGGGAGCCACGAGCCACGCGCAGGCUGCUCUCGUGCAGGCGCUCAAGGACGGUGAGGCCGAGCCCGAAGUCUGGAUCGAGGACAUGAAGAGCAGUAACGGUACCUUUGUGAACGGGGUCAAGGUGCAGCCCCGCCGUAUCCUCCAACACGGUGAUGAGAUCUCCCUAGGCCAUGUCGGUACGGCAGACAACCACGAGGUGCGCUACAUCUUCCGCUCUGUUGGCUGCAAGGGCGCCAAGGUGAAUGCUGCGAACAACCCUGGUCAGGUGUACGAGCGCUACCAGAUGCUUGAAACUCUGGGCAGGGGAACGUUCGCCGAGGUGAAGAAGGCUGUAGACAUUGAGACGGGCGACCUCCGUGCGAUCAAGCAAAUCGUCACACAUCGCUUUGGCAACAACGACUCGACGCUCAACCUGUUCCAACGCGAGAUUGACAUUUGCAUGCAGUUACAACACGAGAACAUUUGUCGUCUGCUCGACUCGUACACGGAUCCCCAGCAGAUUUGCCUCGUGCUCGAGUUCAUCGACGGCGGCGAUCUGCUCGACUAUAUCAUCAAAUGGGAAGGCUCGGGCCUCCCAGAAACGGAAGCCGCCGACUUCACGUUCCAGAUCUGCCGUGCCAUGGCCUACUGCCACGACAACGGUGUCACCCACCGCGAUCUCAAGCCGGAGAACAUUCUCCUCACCAAAGAGACGGCUACCCAAGGCCGUAUCAUCAAGAUUGCAGACUUUGGUCUAGCCAAGAUGCAGCACACGGACAAGACCAUGCUCGUGUCCAUGGUUGGCACACCUCAGUAUCUUGCGCCCGAAGUUGUCAUGCAGACCAAGGCCCGACCUGGAUACGAAAGCGUUGUCGACUCGUGGUCUAUCGGUAUCAUUGUCUACAGCAUGCUCACCAAGGCGUUGCCAUUCGACGAAUCGGAAGAGCUCACCAUGGAGCAGCGUAUUCGUCAACGCUACGAAAUGGACUUUGACCGUGAGCCGUUGCACACGCUCGAGAUCUCGGACCAGGCGAUCGACUUUAUCGCUCGUCUUCUGGAACGCGACCCGUCCAAACGCAUGACGAUGCGUGAAGCUCUUGAACACGUGUGGCUCGCUGGACCAUCUUCUCUUCCCAACGAGUCUGCCUCGCAAGUGCUGGGUGGCGACUCUACGUGGAACAUCCAGUCGUUUGACAGCUACGAUGAUGACCUUGACGACGAUGGCGACGACGCCCUGGACGAGCGCACGACCGGCUACUAUUCGCGCCCCAUGACCGAGUCUGUCACCAACCUCGAGAGCAUGGGUUCUGGCGGCGAUGGCGUUAGCCAGCCCAUGGAGCAGCUGCGCCUCAGCACUGCGACAGCCCCUGCCUAUAACGACCUGAAAAUUACCAACGGCGGCGAUGACGAGGACGAGCAGAUGGACGGGUUGGCCGUCGCCGACAGGAACGUGCGCGAGAUGACCGUGGCCAUGGAAGCCGAAGCCAACGGCAACGGCCUGUACACCGCUACCACGGCCAGGCCGCCCCCCGUCACCGCCAGGACGAAGGGCGCCUCGUUGUUGAGUGUCAAGCGCAAGAUGGACUUUUUCAGCUCGGGAAGCCUCUCGCCGCCGCCACCAACUCCCCCUACCGAGCUCGACGCUACCCCCAAGGUUGUUGCCGGCAGCAGCACUCGCCGCCUCACGCGUGCGACGACCGCCAAGGCCGCUGUGGCGACCCCCCAGACGCGUGGCUCCAAAGCCGCCGAAGGACCAACCCCGCCACGCGCAAAGGCAGCCAAGGUAUCGGUUACGCAGAAUGAGAACUGGCCACCACCCCGGAAGAGUAAGCGCCUGAACUAG